AUGAAUCACCUGUAUAAUUCAACUGCUGAUAAUGAUUACUACACUAAAGGCAAUGGCAACAUAAAGACUGGUACAGGUUCAAGCUGUUCAAGUUCUAGUUUUAGUAGUUCAAGCUCAAGCUCUAGUAGUUCAAGUUCAAUUUCCAGCACCUCAAGUUCGAGUUCUAGUAGUUCAAGUUCAAGUUCCAGCUCCAGUUCAAGUAGUUCAAGCUCAAGUUCUAGUUGUUCCAGUUCGAGCUCCAGUAGUUCAAGUAGCUCAAGUUCAAGCUCCAGUAGUUCAAGUUCAAGUUCCAGUAGUUCAAGUAGCUCAAGUUCAAGUUCCAGUAGUUCAAGUAGCUCAAGUUCAAGUUCCAGCUCUAGCAGCUCAAGUAGUUCAAGUUCAAGCUCUAGCAGCUCAAGUUCAAGUUCAAGCAGCUCAAGCUCAAGCUCUAGUAGCUCAAGCAGUUCAAGUUCAAGCUCCAGUAGCUCAAGUUCAAGUUCUAGCAGCUCAAGUUCAAGCAGCUCUAGCUCAAGUUCAAGUUCAAGCAGCUCUAGCUCAAGUUCAAGUUCAAGCAGCUCUAGCUCAAGUUCCAGUUCAAGUAGCUCAAGCUCAAGUUCAAGCAGUUCAAGUAGUUCAAGUUCUAGCAGUUCAAGUUCCAGUAGUUCAAGUUCUAGUAGUUCAAGUAGCUCAAGCAGUUCAAGCUCUAGUAGUUCAAGUAGCUCAAGCAGUUCAAGCUCUAGUAGUUCAAGUUCAAGCUCAAGCUCGAGCAGUUCAAGCUCCAGUUCCAGUUCAAGUAGUUCUAGUUCAAGUUCAAGCUCUAGUAGCUCCAGUUCAAGCUCUAGUAGCUCCAGCUCAAGCUCUAGUAGCUCCAGCUCCAGCUCAAGCAGUUCAAGCUCCAGUUCAAGUUCAAGCAGUUCCAGCUCUAGUAGUUCAAGUUCAAGUAGUUCAAGCUCAAGCUCUAGUAGUUCAAGCUCUAGCAGUUCUAGUUCAAGUAGUUCAAGCUCUAGCAGUUCCAGUUCGAGUAGUUCAAGCUCCAGCUCCAGCUCAAGUAGUUCAAGUUCGAGCAGUUCAAGCUCCAGCUCCAGCUCAAGCAGUUCAAGUUCUAGUAGUUCAAGCAGUUCAAGCUCUAGUUGUUCAAGCACUUCAAGCUCUAGUUGUUCAAGCAGUUCAAGCUCUAGUUGUUCAAGCAGUUCAAGCUCUAGUUGUUCAAGCAGUUCAAGCAGUUCAAGCUCUAGUAGUUCAAGCAGUUCAAGCUCUAGUUGUUCAAGCAGUUCAAGCUCUAGUAGUUCAAGCAGUUCAAGCUCUAGUAGUUCAAGCAGUUCAAGCUCAAGCAGUACCAGUUAUAGUAGCUCCUGUUCGAGCAGUAACAGUUACAGUUCAAGUAGCUCAACCUCAAGGUCUAGUACUUCAAGCUCAAGCUGUUCCAGUUCUAGUAGCUCAAGCUCAAGUUUUAGUUGAUCCAGCUCAGGCAGUUCGUGUUCCAGUUCAAGCUUUAAUUCAAGCUCAAGCAUUUUAAGUUCAAGUAGUUCUAGUUCAAGCAGCUCAAGAUCUAAUAGUUCAAGCUCAGGCAGUUCAAGUAGCUUCAGCUCAAGCUCUAGUAGCUCAAGCUCAAGCUCUAGUAGCUCCAGUUCAAGUAGCUCCAGCUCAAGUUCAAGUAGCUCCAUCUCAAGUUCAAGUAGCUCCAGCUCAAGCAUCUCCAGCUCAAGUUCAAGUAGCUCCAGCUCUAGCUCUAGUAGCUCCAGCUCAAAUUCAAGUAGUUCCAGCUCAAGCUCAAGCUCUAGUAGCUCCAGCUCAAGCUCUAGUAGCUCCAGCUCCAGCUCAAGAAGCUCCAGCUCAAGCUCAAGUAGUUCCAGCUCAAGCUCCAGUUCAAGUAGCUCCAGUAGCUCCAGAUCAAGCUGUAGUAUCUCCAGCUCAAGCUCAAGUAGUUCAAGCUCAAGCUCAAGUAGCUCCAGUUCAAGCUCUAGUAGCUCCAGCUCCAGCUCAAGCUCAAGUAGUUCCAGCUCAAUCUCAAGUUCAAGUAGCUCCAGUUCAAGCUCUAGUAGCUCCAGCUCAAGCUCUAGUAGCUCAAGUUCAAGCUCUAGUAGCUCAAGCUCUAGUAGCUCCAGCUCAAGCUCUAGUAGCUCCAGCUCAAGCAGCUCAAGCUCAAGCUCAAGUUCUAGUAGCUCCAGUUCAAGCUCUAGUAGCUCCAGCUCAAGCUCUAGUAGCUCCAGUUCAAGCUCUAGUAGUUCCAGCUCAAGUUCAAGUAGCUCCAGUUCAAGCACUAGUAGCUCCAGCUCCAGUAGCUCCAGUUCAAGCUCUAGUAGCUCCAGCUCAAGCAGCUCUAGCUCAAGUUCAAGUAGCUCCAACUCAAGCUCUAGUAGCUCCAGUUCAAGCUCUAGUAGCUCCAGCUCCAGCUUCAGUUCCAGCUCAAGUUCAAGUAGCUCCAGCUCAAGUUCAAGUAGCUCCAGCUCAAGCUCUAGUAUCUCCAGCUCAAGUUCUACUAGCUCCAGCUCAAACUCUAGUAUCUCCAGCUCCAGCUCUAGCUCAAGCUCUAGUAGCUCUUGCUCAAGCUCUAGUAGCUCCAGUCCAAGCUCUAGUAGCUCCAGCUCCAGCUCAAGUUCAAGUAGCUCUUGCUCAAGCUCUAGUAUCUCCAGCUCCAGCUCAAGUAGCUCCAGCUCAAGCUCUAGUAGCUCCAGCUCAAGCUCUAGUAGCUCCAGUUCAAGCUCUAGUAGCUCCAGCUCAAGCUCUAGUAGCUCCAGCUCAAGUUCAAGUAGCUCCAGCUCAAGUUCUAGUAGCUCCAGCUCAAGCUCUAGUAGCUCCAGCUCAAGCUCUAGUAGCUCCAGCUCAAGCUCUAGUAGCUCCAGCUCAAGUUCAAGUAGCUCUAGCUCCAGCUCAAGUUCAAGUAGCUCCAGCUCAAGUUCAAGUAGCUCCAGCUCAAGCUCUAGUAUCUCCAGCUCAAGUUCUACUAGCUCCAGCUCAAGCUCUAGUAGCUCCAGCUCCAGCAGCUCCAGCUCAAGUUCAAGUAGCUCUAGCUCAAGCAGCUCCAGCUCAAGCUCUAGUAGCUCCAGUUCAAGCUCUAGUAGCUCCAGUUCAAGCUCUAGUAGCUCCAGUUCAAGCUCUAGUAGCUCCAGCUCAAGCUCUAGUAGCUCCAGUUCAAGCUCUAGUAGCUCCAGCUCAAGCAGCUGCAGCUCAAGUUCAAGUAGCUCUAGCUCAAGCAGCUCCAGCUCAAGCUCAAGCAGCUCCAGCUCAAGCUCAAGCAGCUCCAGCUCAAGCUCUAGUAGCUCCAGUUCAAGCUCAAGUAGCUCCAGUUCAAGCUCUAGUAGCUCCAGCUCAAGUUCAAGUAGCUCUUGCUCAAGCUCUAGUAGCUCCAGUUCAAGCUCUAGUAGCUCCAGCUCAAGUUCGAGUAGCUCCAGUUCAAGCUCCAACUCUAGUAGCUCCAGCUCAAGUUCAAGUAGCUCCAGCUCAAGUUCAAGUAGCUCCAGCUCAAGUUCAAGUAGCUCCAGCUCAAGCUCUAGUAGCUCCAGUUCAAGCUCUAGUAGCUCCAGCUCAAGCUCUAGUAGCUCCAGCUCAAGUUCAAGUAGCUCCAGCUCAAGUUCAAGUAGCUCCAGUUCAAGCUCUAGUAGCUCCAGCUCAAGCUCGAGUAGCUCCAGCUCAAGUUCAAGUAGCUCCAGCUCAAGUUCAAGUAGCUCCAGCUCAAGCUCUAGUAUCUCCAGCUCAAGUUCUACUAGCUCCAGCUCAAGCUCUAGUAGCUCCAGCAGCUCCAGCUCAAGUUCAAGUAGCUCUAGCUCAAGCAGCUCCAGCUCAAGCUCUAGUAGCUCCAGUUCAAGCUCUAGUAGCUCCAGUUCAAGCUCUAGUAGCUCCAGUUCAAGCUCUAGUAGCUCCAGUUCUAGCUCUAGUAGCUCCAGCUCAAGCUCUAGUAGCUCCAGUUCAAGCUCUAGUAGCUCCAGCUCAAGCAGCUGCAGCUCAAGUUCAAGUAGCUCUAGCUCAAGCAGCUCCAGCUCAAGCUCUAGUAGCUCCAGUUCAAGCUCUAGUAGCUCCAGCUCAAGCAGCUCCAGCUCAAGCUCUAGUAGCUCCAGUUCAAGCUCUAGUAGCUCAAGCUCCAGCUCAAGCAGCUCCAGCUCAAGCUCUAGUAGCUCCAGCUCAAGUAGCUCCAGCUCCAGCUCUAGUAGCUCCAGCUCAAGUUCAAGUGGCUCCAGCUCAAGUUCAAGUAGCUCCAGCUCAAGCUCUAGUAGCUCCAGCUCAAGCUCUAGUAGCUCCAGCUCUAGUAGUUCCAGCUCAAGCUCAAGUAGCUCCAGCUCAUGCUCAAGCUCUAGUAGCUCCAGCUCAAGCUCUAGUAGCUCCAGUUCAAGCUCUAGUAGUUCCAGCUUAAGCUCAAGUAGCUCCAGCUCCAGCUCUAGUUGCUCCAGCUCUAGUAGCUCCAGCUCAAGUUCAAGUAGCUCCAGCUCAAGUUUAAGUAGCUCCAGCUCAAGUUCAAGUAGCUGCAGCUCAAGUUCAAGUAGCUCCAGCUCAAGUUCAAGUAGCUGCAGCUCAAGUUCAAGUAGCUCCAGCUCAAGCUCUAGUAGCUCCAGCUCAAGUUCAAGUAGCUCCAGCUCAAGCUCUAGUAGCUCCAGCUCAAGUUCAAGUAGCUCCAGCUCAAGUUCAAGUAGCUCCAGCUCAAGUUCAAGUAGCUGCAGCUCAAGUUCAAGUAGCUCCAGCUCAAGCUCUAGUAGCUCCAGCUCAAGCUCUAGUAGCUCCAGCUUAAGUUCAAGUAGCUCCAGCUCAAGCUCUAGUAGCUCCAGCUCAAGUUCAAGUAGCUCUAGCUCAAGCUCUAGUAUCUCCAGCUCAAGUAGCUCCAGCUCAAGCUCUAGUAGCUCCAGCUCAAGUUCUAGUAGCUCCAGCUCAAGUUCAAGUAGCUCCAGCUUUAGUAGCUCCAGCUCUAGUUCAAGUGGCUCCAGCUCAAGCUCUAGUAGCUCCAGCUCAAGUUCAAGUAGCUCCAGCUCAAGCUCAAGUAGCUCCAGCUCAAGUUCUAGCAGUAAUUCCAGUUCUAGUAGCUCAUGUUCAAGUAGUUCCACCUCAAGCAGUUCAAGCAGUUCAAGCUCCAGUUCAAGUAGCUCAAGUUCAAGUAGCUCAAGUUCAAGUAGCUCAAGUUCAAGUAGCUCAAGUUCUUGUUCAAGCAGUUCAAGUUCUAGUUCAAGUUCAAGCAGUUCUAGUUCAAGUUCAAGCAGUUCUAGUUCAAGUUCAAGUUCAAGCAGUUCCAGCUCAAGUUCAAGCAGUUCCAGCUCAAGUUCUAGUUCAAGUUCAAGUAGUUUCAGCUCAAGCAGCUCAAGUUCAAGUAGCUCAAGUUCUAGCUCAAGCAGCUCAAGUUCAAGUAGCUCAAGCUCAAGUAGCUCAAGUCCAAGUUCAAGUAGCUCGAGUUCAAGCAGUUCAAGAUCAAAUAGUUUUAGUUCUAGUAGCUCCAGCUCUAGUAGCUCAGGCAGCUCAAGUACUUGCAGUUCAAGCUACAGUUCAAGUUCAAGCAGCUCUAGUUCAAGUUCAAGCAGUUCAAGUAGCUCUAGUUCAAGUUCAAGCAGCUCAAGCUCUAGUAGUUCAAGUUCAAGCAGUUCAAGCUCAAGCAGCUCAAGCUCAAGUAGUUCAAGUUCGAGCAGCUCAAGUUCUAGUAGUUCUAGUUCAAGCAGUUCAAGUUCUUGUUCAAGCUCAAGCAGUUCCAGUUCAAGUUCUAGUAGCUCUAGUUCAAGCAGUUCAAGCUCAAGCAGUUCAAGCUCAAGCAGCUCAAGCUCAAGUAGUUCCAGCUCUAGUAGCUCAAGCUCAAGCUCGAGCAGUUCCAGUUCUAGUAGCUCAAGCUCAAGCUCUAGUAGUUCUAGCUCAAGCAGUUCCAGUUCUAGUAGCACAAGCUCAAGCUCAAGUAGUUCAAGUUCGAGCAGCUCAAGUUCUAGUAGUUCUAGUUCAAGCAGUAAUUCUUGUUCAAGCUCAAGCAGUUCCAGUUCAAGUUCUAGUAGCUCUAGUUCAAGCAGUUCAAGCUCAAGCAGUUCAAGCUCAAGCAGCUCAAGCUCAAGUAGUUCCAGCUCUAGUAGCUCAAGCUCAAGCUCGAGCAGUUCCAGUUCUAGUAGCUCAAGCUCAAGCUCUAGUAGUUCUAGCUCAAGCAGUUCCAGUUCUAGUAGCACAAGCUCAAGCUCAAGUAGUUCAAGUUCGAGCAGCUCAAGUUCUAGUAGUUCUAGUUCAAGCAGUUCAAGUUCUUGUUCAAGCUCAAGCAGUUCCAGUUCAAGUUCUAGUAGCUCUAGUUCAAGCAGUUCAAGCUCAAGCAGCUCAAGCUCAAGUAGUUCCAGCUCUAGUAGCUCAAGCUCAAGCUCGAGCAGUUCCAGUUCUAGUAGCUCAAGCUCAAGCUCUAGUAGUUCUAGCUCAAGCAGUUCCAGUUCUAGUAGCUCAAGCUCAAGCUCAAGUAGUUCAAGCUCGAGCAGCUCAAGUUCUAGUAGUUCUAGUUCAAGCAGUUCAAGUUCUUGUUCAAGCUCAAGCAGUUCCAGUUCAAGUUCUAGUAGCUCUAGUUCAAGCAGUUCAAGCUCAAGCAGCUCAAGCUCAAGUAGUUCCAGCUCUAGUAGCUCAAGCUCAAGCUCGAGCAGUUCCAGUUCUAGUAGCUCAAGCUCUAGUAGUUCUAGCUCAAGCAGUUCCAGUUCUAGUAGCUCAAGCUCAAGCUCAAGUAGUUCAAGUUCGAGCAGCUCAAGUUCUAGUAGUUCUAGUUCAAGCAGUUCAAGUUCUUGUUCAAGCUCAAGCAGUUCCAGUUCAAGUUCUAGUAGCUCUAGUUCAAGCAGUUCAAGCUCAAGCAGCUCAAGCUCAAGUAGUUCCAGCUCUAGUAGCUCAAGCUCAAGCUCGAGCGGUUCCAGUUCUAGUAGCUCAAGCUCAAGCUCUAGUAGUUCUAGCUCAAGCAGUUCCAGUUCUAGUAGCUCAAGCUCAAGCUCAAGUAGUUCAAGUUCGAGCAGCUCAAGUUCUAGUAGUUCUAGUUCAAGCAGUUCAAGUUCUUGUUCAAGCUCAAGCAGUUCCAGUUCAAGUUCUAGUAGCUCUAGUUCAAGCAGUUCAAGCUCAAGCAGUUCAAGCUCAAGCAGCUCAAGCUCAAGUAGUUCCAGCUCUAGUAGCUCAAGCUCAAGCUCGAGCAGUUCCAGUUCUAGUAGCUCAAGCUCAAGCUCUAGUAGUUCUAGCUCAAGCAGUUCCAGUUCUAGUAGCUCAAGCUCAAGCUCUAGUAGUUCCAGUUCUAGUAGCUCAAGCUCAAGUUCUAGUAGUUCGAGCUCAAGCAGUUCAAGUUCUAGCAGUUCAAGUUCUAGUUCAAGUUCAAGCAGUUCCAGUAGCUCCAGCUCAAGUAGCUCAAGCUCUAGUAGCUCCAGUUCAAGCUCAAGUAGCUCCAGUUCAAGCUCAAGUAGCUCCAGUUCAAGCUCUAGUAGCUCCAGUUCAAGCUCAAGUAGCUCCAGUUCAAGCUCAAGUAGCUCCAGUUCAAGCUCUAGUAGCUCCAGUUCAAGCUCAAGUAGCUCCAGUUCAAGCUCAAGUAGCUCCAGUUCAAGCUCUAGUAGCUCCAGUUCAAGCUCUAGCAGUAAUUCUAGUUCAAGCAGCUCAAAUUCCAGCAGUUCAAGCUCAAGCUCUAGUAGCCUAAGUUCUAGUAGCUACAGCUCAGUCAGUUCAUGUUCUAGCAGUUCAAGCUCCAGUUCAAGCAGCUCAAGCUCUAGCAGUUCAAGUUCUAGUAGCUCAAGCUCAAGUAGUUCAAGCAGUUCCAGUAGCUCAAGCUCAAGUAGCUCAAGCUCAAGUAGCUCUAGCUCCAGCAGCUCCAGCUCAAGCUCUAGUAGCUCAAGCUCAAGUAGUAGUAGUUCAAGCUCCAGCUCAAGUUCAAGCAGUUCAAGUAGUUCUAGUUCAAGUUCUAGUAGUUCCAGUUCAAGCAGCUCAAGCUCAAGUAGCUCCAGUUCAAGCAGUUCAAGCUCUAGCUCAAGUUCAAGUAGUUCCAGUUCAAGCUCUAGCAGCUCAAGUUCUAGCAGCUCUAGCUCAAGCAGCUCCAGUAGUUCAAGCUCCAGUUCAAGUAGUUCCAGUUCAAGCAGUUCAAGCAGCUCAAGCUCAAGCUCUAGCUCAAGCAGUUCAAGUUCUAGUUCAAGCUCUAGCUCAAGUAGCUCUAGUUCAAGUUCUAGUAGUUCCAGUUCAAGUAGUUCAAGCUCAAGUAGUUCCAGUUCAAGCAGCUCAAGCUCUAGUAGCUCCAGCUCAAGCAGUUCAAGUUCUAGCAGCUCAAGCAGUUCAAGUAGCUCUAGUUCAAGUUCAAGCAGUUCCAGUUCAAGUUCAAGCAGUUCCAGUUCAAGUAGUUCUAGUUCAAGUUCUAGUAGCUCCAGCUCAAGUAGCUCUAGUAGUUCCAGUUCAAGUUCUAGUUCAAGCAGUUCAAGUUCUAGUAGUUCCAGUUCAAGUUCUAGUUCAAGCAGUUCAAGUUCUAGUAGUUCCAGUUCAAGCAGUUCAAGUUCAAGCAGUUCCAGUUCAAGUAGCUCUAGCUCAAGUUCAAGUAGUUCAAGCUCUAGUAGUUCCAGUUCAAGUAGUUCAAGCUCUAGUUCCAGCUCAAGCAGUUCAAGUUCUAGCAGUUCAAGCUCCAGUUCAAGUUCAAGCAGUUCGAGUUCAAGUAGCUCUAGUUCAAGCUCUAGUAGUUCCAGUUCAAGCAGUUCAAGUUCUAGCAGUUCCAGUUCAAGCAGCUCAAGCUCUAGUAGCUCCAGUUCAAGUAGUUCAAGUUCUAGCAGUUCAAGCAGUUCAUCUUCUAGUAGUUCAAGUUCAAGCUCAAGUAGCUCAAGCUCAAGCAGCUCGAGUUCUAGCAGUUCAAGCUCGAGUUCUAGCAGUUCAAGUUCAAGCUCAAGUUCUAGCAGCUCAAGUUCAAGCUCAAGCUCGAGUUCUAGCAGCUCAAGCUCAAGCUCGAGUUCUAGCAGUUCAAGCUCAAGCUCGAGCAGUUCAAGCUCGAGUUCUAGCAGUUCAAGCUCAAGUUCAAGUAGUUCAAGCUCGAGUUCUAGCAGUUCAAGUUCAAGCUCAAGUUCUAGCAGCUCAAGCUCAAGCUCGAGUUCUAGCAGCUCAAUCUCAUCUUCGAGUUCUAGUAGUUCAAGCUCAAUCUCAAGCUCAAUCAGUUCAAGCUCGAGUUCUAGCAGUUCAAGCUCAAGUUCAAGCAGUUCAAGUUCGAGUAGCUCAAGCUCUAGUAGUUCAAGUAGUUCUAGCUCAAGCAGUUCCAGCUCAAGCAUACCAGAAACCACAACUACUUCCACGACUACGUCUACGACUUCAACCACCACGACUACAACUACAACCACCACUUCAACAACCACCUCAACGACUACCACUCCUCCUACAUACUUGUGCGAUGAGAUCCUUUUGACAGAAACGGACCCAUUGGCGGUACUGAUGUCGCCAGAAUACCCCGACGUUUACCCGAACGACUACCACUGUGAAUUCAACGUAACGGCUCCCGAUGGCUACAAAGUGAGCAUGUUCUUUGAUACGAUGAAGAUCCAGUACAAGCAGAAAUGCACGAGCGAUUAUAUUCAGGUCGUUGGUAUUGAAACCUUCUAUGGAGUCAAGAUGUGUGGAACGAAGCUGCCUCCUCCUUGGCUCUACUUCAAAUCAACGGCUAAUUACAUGACACUGACGUUCCACACGGAUUCGUCGAUGCAACUUAAAGGCUUCAAGGCAUACUUGUCCAUGACUCUGUAAGAGAGUGACGCGCAGAGGAAGUGGGGAGAAAAAGCGUACUCGGAGUCAUGAUGCAAGACAGCGAACACGACGACCGAAAGAUGACGACGCACGCGAGGAUUCGGACGACGCCAACGGAUACCCUACCCGCAGACAAAUCGGCUUCACGACCACCGGCGAGGAAUCGGACACGGCUUUUUUUUUUUUUUUUUUUUGAGACACGGAAAGAAGGCCGAAGGAAGACGACGACCUUCAGGCUUUGCGCAGAAUCCAGAUUCGAACGAACGCUGCCGAAUGAUUCGCCUUCGACCGGGGUGGAAAUAAAACGGGAAUUUGAGUAAAAAAGAAAAGGGGGGGGGGUAAUGAAGUCACGAGUAUCAUUUCGAACUGGGACUGAUUUAAUAAUUGAAUAUGCAUACAUAUAUAUGUAUAUAGGUAUAUCCAUAUAUAUGUAUAAAUGAUGGGGUAACUUUCUGAAUUCAAGAUGUAUGUUUAAAACAAAAAUUAAGAAUAUUACUUCUAGUGCUUUCCACUUGUACUUUGAUAAAUAUUUUUGAUAAAUAUUUCACAGGCUUUCCUAAGUUUUGUGACUAAGCCUUUGUUCGCAAAAGCAACAGCAAAAUGACAAUAAGGUGAAUUCCACAUUUAUAAGGACUUGUUUUGAGGGAAUAUUAAAUGAUUUGAUCCUGAUAGGAUUCUGUAAGAUUUAAAAUGAAUAAAGUGUCACUCUCGAAACAAAGUCAUUACUUUAUCAGAAGAUAUGGAUCAUUUUUUUGAAUACAAGACAUAUAUACGAAUGAAGGUUGGAUGUUUUUGGGGCAAAAAAUAUAUUACUACUUUCGGGAAUUUGUUUCUUUAAUUUUCUUCUUUAUGUGUUCUGUUAAAGGUACCUUUGACUUUCACUUUUCUUCUUCUCCUUCUUCUCUUCCUUUGCUGCGUAAACAGCUGCGACGAAGAGAAAAAGGAAAAUAAAAUAUAUUCUUCAAAGAAAACGGGAGAUUUAGAAAAUGGGAAGAAUGGCCACUGAUAUAAAGAUAUAUUUGCAUUCAACAUUAAGAAACAUAUAUUUGGUGAUAUAUUUACACAAAUAAUGAAGUUGACUGCGGUAACAUGGAGAUGUAAUCUUAUUUUUCUACAUUAAGGACAAAUGUAUUCUAGAAUGUGCACAUUGCUAGCGUAAAUAAAAGAUGGGGUUAGCUGUUAA